AUGUUUAGAAGGCCAUGGGAAGAAAUGCUCUCCAGACGCAAGUGGACAGGAUCUGAGGAGGACAGAUUCAUCGACAUAUGGGUGCACAACCUGCAUCUAUUUGUGCCCGGCAAGAAACUGACGAACGUCUACACGGAGCUGGAGCUGUAUUAUCGGGAUGUCGGCAUAGAAGUCACCGCCCAAGGUGUCAAGUCCAAAAUGGAGACACUGAAGCGAAAAUAUUUCACUAUGCUGCACUCCGACGAUGAUUCGAGUACCUGGAAACACUUCGAUACGAUGGCCCAUAUAGUAAAUAGUUCAAUCAAAGACUCCAAAGAUACAGAAUGGAAGGACUAUACGAAGCCACCAAAAGAGCCACCAAAGCCCUCUCGCAAAACGUGUUCCUCUGUUUAUAUGGACGAUGGCUCACAACCCGAAAGCGAAUACGAGGGAACGUUUAACUCGGUCUUCGUAGACGAAAGUUCUCCGCACCUUUUUAAUGAAGAGGAAAAACCCAAAGUCAAGAGACGAAGGCGAAGAUUAAAAAAUAAUAAUAUUAAUAUUACGAGCAAGCCUGGAGGAAAACGUAGAGUAUGGCAGACGGCGGAUGAAUGCAAAUUCGUUGAUGUCUGGAGAAAGUAUGGCAGUGAUUUACAAAGCGAUAGGCGGAAAAAAAUGGAUGUUUAUAAGGAUAUGCAUUGGGACCUUGACAAGAUUGGUAUUAGUAUAUCGCCAAAUGAUAUCAAGUCCAAAAUUGAAUCCCUUAUUCGCGUCUUUAGAGCUCAUCAAUAUUCUGACGGCGACAAGUCCGAAUGGAUUCACUAUAAAAAAAUAUCUCAGACUCUUAAUCCUACAGAAAGCCACUACGAAGCUACAGAAGAGCCCAAUGGCUGCAGCAGCUCCGAAGAAGUUUCAGAUUCAGAAUGGUUCAAGGAAAUGGAGCUAAAACCCGAAACCAACACCUGCAGCAAUCCCUCAAAUGACUCUGUUGUCAAUGAAUUCGAUGGUAGUAUUCAGGCAGAAACUAAGAUCUGCACCGAUCCACCGAAUUCAAACUCCUCUGUUGUCAAUCAGUUCGAAGGUAGUAUUGACCACUACUCUCACGAUUCCGAUUCCAGCAUAGAAUUUUCUAUGGUUGAUCCUGAUCCUGAUCCGAGACUCUGCCAAGUGUCUAUUGAGAUAUUAGACCAAGAAGAGGAGACUAAGCCUAUUAAAAUGUUCGAUGAAGAACUAUUGGAACAAGAAGAGCCGAUCAAGACGUUUCAAUCCCCUCCUGAGGAAAAACUAAAAGCAGCUGAAGAGUUUAGCAAAUUUGUAACAAAAGAGUUGGCCGUCUUGAAUGAUGAUUUGCUAAUCGAAGCAAAGCGCCAAAUUUACAAUGUUAUAUGUGCCCUGCAAAUGAAACAAAAUAAAGUUAAUAAAAAAUCGUAAUUGACCAAAUAAACGCACCUAUUUUUCAUUGAAGUAA